UCCUUGUUCAGUAUCCGGUUUACGCCACGAUGAUACCAUUUUGCCAGGAUUUGGCUUGACCCGCUUUACUUGGCAUGUACAAGGACUACGGGACAUCCCUUGAUGGAUCAUUCGUUCGUAACACUUGCAAUGAUGUUGUGACGGCACGCCAUAAAAGGAUAUAUGCUAGGUAUACAAGAUGCAAAACAAAGAAAACAAUAUACCGACAAGGACCAGCUCGCCAAUAAAAUACCAACUAGUCCGGAAAAUACGCUGCUUGGCAUAUUGGACAACGGUACCGGCCGUACUGAAACGACGAUGCAAGACACGCCGCAUGGAAAGCAUGACCACAGCUAUUCAAAACACGAAUCUCACUGUUUGUCCUGGUCGACCGACCCUCCUCAAGUACCCGCGGAGAAACAGGGCGACGAUCAUCACGACUAUCAUAACCCGCGUAAGAAUGAGAUACAGGAAUCCAAGCGGCCUCAGGAGGUAUCGGAAGUGAAUCUCGAGAUGAACACAAUCCGAGCGAUGAUAGACAAAUUGCACUGGCCAAUGAUUAGCGCUUAAGUUUAUGCCGAGAGGACUAGCGUCAGCCCUGUCCCCGCCAGUUUCUUGGGCCAAGAGUGCCCAGAAAUCACCAGAGAGGCUGGGUGAAAGGAAAAGGACAACGAGGGAACCCACCAUAUGU